AUGCAGACCGCAGUUUUUGUUGGACUUCUCCAUGCCCUAUUUGACGCCUUCAUCGGGUUUAUCUAUGCCAAUGUGCCGCCUUUCCGCAGGCGUUGGGGUGUUACGCAAAUGCCAGACUUAUCAGGACGGGUCGUGAUAGUCACAGGUGGCAACGUAGGUAUCGGCUUUGCUACUUGCCUAGAACUGGUUCGUCGAGGAGCAAAGGUCUAUCUGGCAUCCAGAACAGAAUCGCGGGCAAAGACAGCCAUCCAAAAAAUCAAGCAACUCGUGCCCGAUGCACAACUUGAGUUUAUCCACUUUGACCUGACGAUCUUAUCUUCUGCAAAAGCUGCAGCGGAGGAAUUCAAGAGGAAAGAGUCCCGCCUUGAUAUACUCAUCAACAACGCCGCAGUAAUGGGGACUAGAUACGAGCUCAGUCCAGAUGGUAUCGAGGUACAAGCUUGCAACGCAACUGGCCAUUUUGCUCUGACCUCUCACCUCUUACCGAUCCUCAGGAAAACGGCUUCAUCAAUCUCGGGCUCUCAUGUCCGGAUCAUUAACGUUGCUAGCAUAGGUCACAUAACCGCGACUGAUCCCGACCUAUCUAGUCUUCAGGGAAUUAAUCGGCCAAACGAUUGGCCUAUGAGUAGAUAUACUCAUAGCAAGUUAAAUAAUAUCUUGUUUACCAAUGAACUCCAGAAAAGGCUCUCCGAUACAAACAUAUAUUGCCUGUCGGUGCACCCAGGUUUGGUUGCCUCUCAAAUCACCAGAAGCGUCAUGGGCCAAUCAAUUACAGAUUGGUUUGCGGAUUUUGCUACCUACAUCGUUUCGAGCCCAUAUGACGGAGCACUAACUCAAUUAUACGCGGCCACCUCUCCUGAGAUUGAAAGCAAGAGGCUCAGGGCGGCUUACUUGGUGCCGUACGGUCAAGUGGGUCGUAAGAGUCUUCUUGCUCAGGAUCAUGAUGGGAAAAUGGGUCAACAGUUUUGGGACUUGUGUGAAAAAUUGAUGCAAGAAGCUGAGAACAAGUAG